AUGUGGGAACGGGGAAUGAGUAUGAGAGUAAGUGGAAUGUAUGGAAACAUUAUGAAACUAUUAAUCGGGAAAAACGAUUUUGAAAAAGCGGAAAGAAUAUUAAAACACAUGUGCAUUUGGAAGAUUGAAGAUGAAGAGGUAAGUAGAGGAUUCAGUAUGCUGACGAAUGAGUAUUGGAAAUUGGGAAAGUUGGAGAAAAUGGAAGAUUUGUGGGAAAGUCUUGAAAAGUUAAACAGUUUAAGAAGCAACGCAGCUAGGAACAAGAGGAUAUUGAUCAACAAGAUAGCAUGUGAAUAUAUGAUCAAAUGCUUUAUAAAAAAGAGAAAUGAGGAUGGAGCAAGAAAAGUUGGUGAGAUGAUAAUUUAA